UAGCCUUGUUGCCCAUAAACGUCGCAAUAUUUACAGAACACGUUUACACAAAUACUGUGUAUUUUUUUUAUGAACCAUGGCAUCAUCAUCGUCCGAUCCUUCUCUCCGGGAUGUUGCUGCUGUUAGAAAGCAAAACAACGGACCUCCAUUAAAGUUCUUGUUUCCUCUAGUUUAUGCUCCAGUACUUCCUCUCAUUCGGAUCUCAUUGCGUAGAAAUCCAGUUUUGAGGGAUCGUUUAUUUACUGCUGUUUUGGCUGGUGCUCUUGCUCAUGGAUUCUACUUGAUAUGGCUAUUCCAUUUGCAUAAUGCAGGCUUUGUAUCUGUUGUUUGUGAUGGUUAAUACAAUAAAAGUAUACACCACGUCUCUGCUUCCCACUCCAAGUAGAGGGAAAAAAUUGUUUGAAGUCCAUAAGAUUAUAAUGUCAUGUUUGAGUAACUUUAUACGAGGAGUAAGGACGUUCAAAUCUGAGCAAUGUGUGUCUUUAACCGAGCAAUGUAUGUCUAAACCUGAGUAAGGAUUGGUUUAGAAGGUUGUAGAACCAGGUAUUACCUUUGAUUUUAGUUAGUCGAUGACAUUGUUAAAUUAGGGAAGUUUAAACUUUAAAGAUGUGGGGUUUCAUGUCAAUCUUAUAAAAGCUCUACAACUUUAGCA